UUUCGGCUGUUUCCGCCUUCGCCUCCAUUUUGGUUUUCGUGUUCGGCGUCAACUGGAGAAAAAAAACGGGGCGAAAACGGAGACGUUGAGAAAUUGCAACAGAAAUGGACGGCAUCGGUGAUGUUGCAGUUGGCGUGAAGAGAGGAUCAGAUGAACUGAGUAUGUACAACAGUCCCAACACUGGCAUGAGCAGUAUCAGUGAUGGGACUUCCAAUGGCAGCGACAGCAAGAAGCUGAGGGUGGAGGAGGCUCCGCCGUCCCGUGUAAUCCACAUUAGGAAGCUUCCCAACGAGGCCUCAGAGACCGAAGUCAUCGCCCUCGGCCUGCCUUUCGGCAAAGUCACCAAUAUCCUCACACUGAAGGGAAAGAACCAGGCUUUCUUGGAGAUGGGAACAGAGGAGGCCGCCAUCACUAUGGUUAACUACUACAACACUGUAACUCCUCACGUCCGCAACGUGCCUGUCUUUAUUCAGUACUCCAAUCACAAAGAACUAAAGACAGAUGCUGGCAAUCAGCGAACCCAGGCAGUGCUGCAGGCGGUGUCGGCCGUCCAAUCCCCGGGCUCGGAUGUUCAGGAGAUUCUGGCUGCAGCCUCCAGUCCCGUGCUCCGGAUCAUCAUCGACAACAUGUUCUACCCGGUAACGCUGGACGUCCUGCAACAGAUCUUCUCCAAGUUCGGCACCGUCAUGAAGAUAAUAACGUUCACCAAGAACAAUCAGUUCCAGGCACUUCUGCAGUUCAGUGAUCCUGUCAAUGCACAGCAGGCCAAACUGGCACUGGACGGACAGAACAUCUACAAUUCAUGCUGCACGCUGCGAAUCGACUUUUCCAAGCUGGUCAACCUCAAUGUUAAGUACAACAACGAUAAGAGUCGGGACUACACUCGGCCCGAGCUGCCUGCUGGUGACGGUCAGCCCAGCAUCGACCCCUCGGUGGCCGCCGCCUUCAGCAAAGACUCCAACUCCCUCCUCGGUAAGAUCCCAGGAGCCCUGAAUCCUCUGAGCGCGGCAGCGGCCGCCGCUGCUGCUGCCGGGAGGGUGGCUCUGGCCGGACAGGCGGGAUCCAGCGGGGUCCUGCUGGUCAGCAACCUCAACGAGGAGAUGGUUACGCCCCAAAGUCUGUUUACCCUCUUCGGAGUGUACGGUGAUGUCCAGAGGGUGAAAAUCCUUUACAAUAAGAAGGACAGCGCUCUCAUUCAGAUGUCCGACUCCAACCAGGCCCAGCUCGCAAUGAGUCACCUGAAUGGCCAGAAGAUGUACGGGAAGAUCAUCCGCGUGACUCUGUCCAAGCACCAGACAGUGGCUCUGCCUCGGGACGGCCUGGACGACCAGGGCCUGACCAAGGACUACGCCAACUCUCCGCUGCAUCGCUUCAAGAAACCCGGCUCCAAGAACUUCCAGAACAUCUUCCCACCGUCUGCCACUCUUCAUCUGUCCAACAUCCCACAGGAUGUGACGGAGGAGGACCUGCGGCUGCUCUUCUCUAACGCCGGCGGCACCGUGAAGGCGUUCAAGUUUUUCCAGGAUCGCAAAAUGGCUCUGAUCCAAAUGUCCACCGUGGAGGAGGCCAUCCAGGCCUUGAUCGACCUUCACAAUUACAACAUGGGGGGCAACCAGCACCUGAGAGUCUCUUUCUCCAAGUCUACGAUUUAAGAGCUGGACCCGCGGGAACUGGAGGUCGGAAACCUUUCAGACUGUGUCUGGACACUGGGGGGGACCACGUUGAUUUGAAAGUUGUUUUUUUUUUUUUCCUUCUUUGAGGGAGGGGGUUGUUGAUCCUGUCAUUCCUUGAGAGACUGAACCCUUUUGACGUGGAUCUGUUUUUGUUUUUUUAUUUAAAGAGAACAGUACUGGAUCCUCCCAGCUCUUCUUAACUGUACCUCCAUAUUUUUAUGUCAAACAGAACAUUGACUGGUUGAUUGUCCCCCUUUCUGAUAGUAGAUCAGCGUUUAACUCUUGAUCUAGUGGAAAAGAUACAGUACUUAUGUGCCUUACCUGACACUAUCAGCUGUUUCUCCAGGUGGACGUGUCCAUCGGUCGCCCUCCUACAGAGGCACAUUGGUAUUGGAUAUUUUUGAGGGUUCCUAAGAAUGCAAAGCCGUCUCCUCAUCGUCUGAACAUCGUUACAGGUUUUGAAGCCGCCAACCAGGUGUAGCGUAGUUUGAUUUAGAUUCUUAACAUUUUCCUGUUUGAGUUGAGGCGAAUAUUCCUGAGGCGUCUUUUUUUUUUGCAGUUUAACACGAACUCCAUUAUUCCACAGACGUUCAGCUUUAGGUUGUUUUUUCCCCCCAUUUUGACUCCACAGUCCAUGCUUUAGAUAAAUGUGGCUCGUGACUAAGACUCUCUUUGUGUUUUUGAAACAUUCUGUGCUUUAUUCCAUAGCAGUGAGGUGUACUUGUCAGUGACGACGUUUUGUUUUUGAAGCAUGAAUAGUGACGAUAGGAUCUCACGUCAGCAGAAAGUGUUGCAUGCUGUGGAAGCGGUUCCCAGAUGAGUCCACUGUGAUUUCAUUGUCAUGUGACAGUUUACUUGAGAGGGCUACUCAGUUGGACCAAAGUUUCUGUGCCUUUAGUGUUCCUUUAAUUCGUUCCCACACACAAACAAAACAGCAUUUAAAAUCCUCAGUUGUUGCAUUUUGGGAAAAAACAAAAAAAAAAGAUCUUAAAGUGUUGAGUUACUUCUCUUGUUUUUUUUUUAAUGAUAAACCCACCAACACCUCUCGACUGGAGGCAUUUGCUCAGAAAGAAUAGUUAUGUAUAUUUUUUUCUUCCAAGUCCGAUUUUAUACAGCUCAAAAUGUAAGGAUUUGCUAUCGCUCUAAAGAGACACAAUUAAAGAAUGAAUUAUUUUCUAACAAGGAGAGCUGCAACUUGGUUUCCUGCUUUUUGAGUUUUAUUUCCCUCUCAUGGUCUCUGGUGUAUUUCUGCAUUACCUCUGUAGCAUGCCUAAUAAAACGCUUCUGUAGCUCUA